GCCAGCUGUAACGGGACCUUCAAGAAAAGCAAUCAAUUUAUUUAGGAAUUUCGAGAGAAAGAUCGAGUGAAACGCAAGAGAAAUUUCGAUCUAGCUUUUCAAUGGAUUGAGUUUUUGAUUUUGUGGAGGAGGAGAAGAAGAAGAAGGCAACGGAUCAAAGUGAGGAACUCUUCCGGAUUUGAUUUUGGGAAUUUGAGACUUUAAUUGGAUUCAUGAUCGAUGCAGAGAUCACGUAAAGCUCUUCUGCAAAGAAGAGCUGUAUCAGAGAAGAACUCUAUCUCAGGGAGGGCGCGGUUAUACAAAGUGUCUCUCUCACUGGUUCUUUUGUUGUGGGGGAUUAUCUUCCUCCUUAACUCUCUGAUAAGCCAUGGUAAUGGUUAUAAAGAUGGCCUGGUUUCUGUGAGUGAUGAAUCUAUCUGCCAUGAAACUGACCCAGGUUCAAGUGAAGAGGUUCAUGAACAUGGAGUUCGAUUAGCACCAUCACAUGCUUCUGAUGAGAAUGUUCAUCAGAACUCCAUAUCCGGGAGUGAAUCUGUGAAGCAUCUUACAGACAUUUCUGCUAAGGAAGACAAUCAAUUGUCAACAAAUGGAGAAAAGCAGGCUGAAGAAAACUCUGAAUUAAACCAUAAGGCAGAGGAUGGAACAUUUUCACUAAACAACAAGGUGGAACCUCUAGCAAAGAAUGAGAGAGUACCUCGUGUCGCGCCUCUGGGUCUUGAUGAAUUUAAAAGCCGAGCUAUCACUCCAAAAGGAAAGCCCCAAUCAAGCAAAGAUGCUGUUGUGCACCGAGUGGAACCUGGGGGAAAAGAGUACAAUUAUGCAUCUGCUAAUAAGGGUGCAAAGGUCCUGGCUUUCAACAAGGAAGCUAAGGGUGCUUCCAAUAUCUUAGACAAGGAUAAAGACAAAUAUCUUCGGAAUCCAUGCUCAGCGGAGGAGAAAUUUGUUGUCAUUGAACUUUCAGAAGAGACCUUGGUAGACAGCAUUGAGAUGGCGAACUUUGAGCAUUAUUCAUCUAACUUGAAAGAUUUUGAACUGUUGGGCAGUUUGGUUUAUCCGACAGAUAACUGGACAGAGAUAGGGAAUUUUACAGCAGGAAAUGUAAAACAUGCACAGAGGUUUUCUCUUCAGGAGCCUAACUGGGCAAGAUAUCUGAAACUGAAUUUGCUUAGUCAUUAUGGUGCGGAGUUCUACUGUACAUUAAGUGUGGUAGAAGUGUAUGGUGUGGAUGCUGUUGAGAGGAUGUUGGAGGACUUGAUCUCAGCACAGAAAAACCAUUUGGAACCUGAAGAACACAACAAAGAACAAACAGCAGUGCAAGAACCUUCUGAUGGUGGGGUUGAUCUUGACCAGGAACGUGAGAGUGCAAUAGAUUCUGAGGCACAAGGUGACAGUGUGAAGCUAAAACAAGAGGCUCGGAGAAAUAAUGUGCCUGAUCCAACUUUAGAGUCAAAGCCACCCCAAGUUGGAAGGAUGCCUGCGGACACUGUUCUCAAGAUACUAAUGCAGAAGGUGCAAUCUCUUGAUGUGAAUUUCUCAGUUUUGGAGAGGUACCUCGACGAAUUGAAUGGUAGAUAUGGCCGCAUAUUUAAAGAUUUUGAUGAUGAUAUUGCUAAUAAGGAUAAGCUUUUGGAGAAGAUCAUAUUGGAUAUAAAGAAUCUUGAAAGCCAAAGAGAUGUGUUUGCCAGUGAUAUAGGAGAGCUCCUCUCAUGGAAAACUAAGGCUUCCUCGCAAUUGGAGCAGUUAAUCAAGGAUAAUUCCAUUCUCAGAUCGGAGUUUAAGAAGCUUCAUGAUCAUCAUGUUGACGUGGAGAACAAGAUCCUUGCGGUAAUAUUUAUGAGUUUUGUCUUUGGUUGUUUAGCAGCUGCAAAAUUGUUUAUGGGUUUGUUAUUGAGAAUCUACAGAAUACAUAAUUCUGAUAAAUUUUGUCAAAAUAACUCUGCUUGGCUUGUGUUGUUGCUGAGCAGUGUCAUUAUAGCAAUUAUCCUUGCAUUAUAAUAGUUACAUGUAUUGAGUUUGAGAAAUUAUUAUAUUGCGGCAAGUUAUACAAUGUUGGAGAAAUUAUUUUUCGAGGCUUC